AUGAGUAUCGACAAGGACUUCCGGGAGGCAAUGUCAUACAUCCUAUCUAAAUUCUUUGUCUCCCGAGGGCAGACUCGUGAGGUCGUGCCCUUGCAUCGUAGCGCGACCGACGAUGCGCCUGCUUCGGCAAUAAGCGAAGAGUAUUUGCAGGGGCUCGACAGCAGGGUAUUUUUUAGGACCAUACUUGGUGAAGAGAGGAAGUUCACAGUAGAACGUAUUGGGCUUCCCCAGACCCUGCAUUCGGGCUACUAUACCACCACAGGCGAGAGCGGCCAGCCGCUGACCAUCGUGUAUCCCACAUGUGCGCCGAGCAACAUCGCCACUGAUCCGUUGUUUGAACGCGAGAUCCAAAUUAUUCGAUCUUUUGUUGCUCGAUGGGAAAGGGGAGAAAAGUCAUGCUUCGGACAGGACCCUUUCUCAGAUAUCCCAUCUAUCCAAAUGAUUAUUUGCAUCGGUCGAUGGCACCGUACCAUGACCCAUUCUAUCAACCCGUUCAGAGCAGUUAUGUCAUUGAACAUCACCAACGAGGCAUUGUGGAAACGGGGCCUGUUUUACAGGUCAAUCCACAUCGGUACCAAAGACGAUGAGAUCACGAGCGAGUAUGACUGGUGGUCCUAUGGUCGGACUGAGGCUGAUGGCAGUAGAUGGGUUGAAGUCAAUCUUGAACCGGUACACACGCCAACCUCACGUGUUCACUUGGCGUUCGCACGGGGCCUGAUACGUGCGACCUUUCGGAAUGUCACACAACCUGUACGGCGUCUUCUAGCCGCAGACGUGAAAACUGGAAACAAGAAAGCGCAGGGGCGCUACAUGCGGUACUGCGCGGACGGCGUCCGGCAGGCCAUCCAAAAGUACGGAAUGGACAGUGAGCAGCAUCGUCUGCUGGAAGUCAAGCCCGACGUGUUGGAAACGACAGAAGGCCGCAAAGUGCUUGUUGCAAAGGAUUGGGCCCCGUCGUGGGAGACCAUGAUGCGUCUGGACCAAGAACAGCAAAAGGUCGGCCCUCUGCCACCCCGGGGCCUUCCCCCGACGCUCCGUCGACGACGACUCCUGCGUCUGGACCAACACCAGCAAAAGGUCGGCCCUCUGCAGCCCCUGGGCCUUCCCUCGACGCUCCGUCGACAACGGCCCCUGCGUCGUCGUUCUCCUCCCACCUUGGCCCUCGUUGUUCGUCAGCCAUGGACGUCAAGUUUUCGGAUGAAGAAAAUCCUCCCUCCCGAUAUCACCCCAGGGAAAGGGGCUGUCGGGUCCGGGCCAAAGAACCGUCCCGAAUCUCCUGAGAGUCGUCGACCGGGGGCCCAAAAGUACGGCAUGAGAAGCAUAUUCUCGCCCCACAGCCCUCACCGAGAGGCGGUUAAAAAUCCCAUGAUGGAGCGCCAUGCCAAACGCCGCCAACCCAAGACAUCUCGACCGUGGCCCUCAAAGAAAGAGAUGAAGAACAUCCUUUCCAAUGACAUUGACCCUGAAGAAGCCGAUAUCAGCUCCAGCACAAAAGGCCGUAUGAAAAGGCUAAGGCUUACUCCCAGGGCUACUCGCCAGAGGGGUCCUUUCGCCCCCGGUAUGACUCCUGAAACAAAAGCUGCCAGCUCCGAAGCGGAAGAACGUGGGGCACGCCCGGUCUCACGGGCACAUCGGAACCAGAAGAAGUAUGCCCCAUCAAGGUCCAUUUGGUGGUGA